AUGCCGACGGGCACCUCCAGGCACACGAAGGUCGAGACGGUCACCUCCAUGGGCUCGCAAAAACAUGUCGGUCACCUUCAGGCACUCGCAGAUCACGCCGUUCACCUCCAGGUCGUCGAUGAUGACGGCGCUCACCUCCAGGUCCUGGAGCACUUCGAGGUCCUUGAUCACCACCGGGACCUCAAUCGCACCCAGGUCCACGAUCGCGUGCGAGUCCUGCACGGCAAACACCUCGGAGCGCCAGCUGACGACAUCGGCAUCGACCUGCACCGCGAACAGGGCGACGUCGGACCUUCAGCUUCGCACCCCGGGUGA